GUGACUUCUUUGAUUUUUCAUUUUCCAAGUUCGGCAUUUUCUGGCUUGUUAGUUAGCAGUUAUUUUUUAUCGUAGGUCCAUGACUGAAAAACCCUUUGGAGUUCUAAAAAUCUUAUAACACAUGAAAUUCUAAACUACUAAAGCCAGGCUAUUUAUCAGCAGUGUGACAGUUAGACGCGGAAAUAGCGAUUAUCAGCCAGCACUUUUCUGGGCAUCGUUCGAUUGUUGACGGUCUCGGUUGAUCCUUGUUGUGAGUGGAUGGUGUUCGGUCUCCCGUUUUCCCGUUGAUGCUUGACUGUUAGUUAGUAAUCACCCCUUAACCCAAAUGGAGAUGGAGAUCAAGCAGGAGGACGCGAUGAACGGAGCGGGUGACGGUGGGUCGCCCGUCAAAUACACGGCCGCUGUGGCGCUGCCACCCGAAACCGAGGACUAUCUGCGUCAGGUGGAGCAGGAAAUCAAGGGCCUCGGCGACGGCUUCCAUUUGGUGCGGGCGCUGGCCGAUCGAGAAUUGGCUCGUGUGAGGGCUGGAGAAAUCACGGAGCAGGGCUACAUCAUCGUGCACCGUGAUGUGCCGGUGAAGAUUGUCAAGAAAGUGCUGAUCCCCCUCAAAGAACAUCCUAAGAUCAACUUUGUUGGCCGCCUUCUGGGACCGAAGGGCGCCACUCUGAAAGCCCUGCAGGCCAACACGCGCACCCGCAUCAUGAUCUUCGGACGCGGAUCCAUGUGGGACAAAGCCAAGGAGGAAGAAAUGCGCAACAGCGGCGAUCCGAAGUAUGCGCAUCUCAACGAGGAUCUGCACAUCUUCAUCGAGAUCCACGCUUAUCCCGUGGAAGCCCAAGCGCGUUUCGCCCACGUUCUCAAUGAACUGAAGAAGUUCUUGGAUCCCAACCAUCCGGGUUAUAUCCCAUCGGAGUACGAAGGCGUGCCCGGCGCCGCGCCGCCCGGAGUGCGUCCCGGCAUGCGACCACCCCCUCCCGGAGUGCGGCCACCACCUCCGCCCCACAUGCGUCCUCGCGCACCACCUCCCGGCGGACCACGUCCCUACGGAGCACCCGCGAUGCCACGCCCGGCACCGCCCGCUCCGGUGGCGCCUCCCGCCCCACAGGCGGAAUCCAGCUAUUACUACGGACAGUCUGCAGCUGCGUCUUCCCCCGGAUCGUCGUACCCGGGAUCCAGUGACUAUGGAGAGUCCAACGUGUAUGCUAGUUAUCCCGCGCAGGCCAAUGAUUACGGACAGUCGACCGGGUAUGAGACCCACGCCACGGACAGCAGCUCGCAGGCCGCUGCUUACGGACAAGCGGCGGCCCAGUGGGCGGGAGCGCGGCAGGCUGGAUAUGGGGCUCCGCAACAGGCUAGCACGGCUUAUCCAGGGUACGACAACAGUUGGGGCGAUAUGAGUAACGGAGGCGGCAAAGCGCCCCCGGCCACUCGAUUUGCAGCGCCUAAGCAGCCGCGCCCCUCUCCCUAUGCACAACAGGGAGGAUACUGAGUUAUACGGGAAGUUCAGCGGAAAAUAUUAUUUUGCCAGAAGGUUCGUAUGCAAUCGCUCGUUCCGACACGGGAUACUACUGUUACUCUUGGGCAAAAAUAAGCGCUGGAAAAUUAAUCUGCAAAAAUCGCUUUGUCAUAUUUCUUUCUGAUUUAGUUGGGAUAUCAUGAGUGUUCUUCUGUCAAAUUUUUGCGUUGGUAGCUUGAAAUUGUUUUUACAAUAAUAUCAUCAUGACUUUGGAUAUGGUACUGUGUAACCGCUCAUACUAAUAAUUCUUCAGUUUUCCCUGGACACUGUAAAAUUUUGUCUGAUGAUCGACCGAGCUAAUUCUUUUGAAUUUACUGCUGCGAGUUAGUGUCGUAAAGCUGAUGAAGCUGGCUUUUAUCUUUGAAAUUGGAAAUGUAAUCUUUGUGCUGAAGACGCCGGACAUUUGCUGAACCAUAAUACUUGACUUGUUUUGUCUUCGACUGCUUGAAUAUCUCUCUAUUUGCUGCUAUCGCUGAUCUUUCUGCUAAGGAAAAUAAACCAAAAAUUUCCAUAACCACU